CUUCAUCGCUGUGCACAUGGGUGUUAUUUGUUGACAUUAAGCAAUUCACAGUGGUCUGUUUGUCUCUGAAACAACAGUUGUACUCUUCUGUUCUGACUAUAGAAGAUUUCUAAUCCUUGAGUGGAGUGUUAGAUGUUACCACAAUGCUUCCCUGAGGAAUAUCUUCUAUGUAUUCCUGCAACUUGGCUACAGGUGCUAGUCGUGUAAAGCCAUUGGAUGGUGUGAAAAUUCUUGAUUUAACAAGGGUGCUUGCAGGGCCUUUUGCCACAAUGAAUUUAGGAGAUCUGGGGGCUGAAGUCAUCAAAGUGGAAAGACCAGGAGCUGGUGAUGAUACAAGAGCCUGGGGCCCACCUUUUAUUGGAACUGAAAGUGUUUAUUUUCUCAGUGUCAAUAGAAAUAAGAAGAGUAUAGCUAUUAACAUGAAGGAUUCAAAAGGAGCAAAGCUAAUCAGAGAGCUUGCAGCAGUGUCUGAUGUUUUUGUGGAAAACUACGUCCCAGGGAAACUGGCUGAAAUAGGGCUAGGUUAUGAAGACAUUCAAAAGAUUGCUCCUCACAUAGUGUACUGCUCAAUAACAGGUUAUGGUCAGACUGGUCCAAUGGUUCAGAGAGGUGGAUAUGACUCCAUUGCAGCUGGUGUUUCUGGUCUCAUGCAUAUCACAGGGCAUGAGGAUGGUGAGCCAGUUAGAGCAGGAGUAGCCAUGACUGAUCUUGCUACUGGGUUGUAUACCUAUGGAGCAAUUAUGGCUGGUUUACUUCAGAGGUAUAAGACGGGGAAAGGACUGCACAUUGACUGCAAUCUCUUGUCGUCUCAGGUUGCAUGUCUCACUCAUGUAGCAGCUAAUUACCUUAAUUGCAAAAUCGAAGGAAAACGCUGGGGUACUGCUCACGGGAGUAUUGUUCCGUAUCAGGCUUUUAAGACCAAGGAUGGCUACAUCGUGGUGGGAGCUGGAAAUGAUCAGCAGUUUGUCACUGUGUGCAAGAUCCUGAAUUUGCCUGAAGUUAGUAAUGAUUCCAGAUACAAAACUAAUACACUCAGAGUCAAGAACAGAAAAGAACUUAUUGACAUAUUGUCAACCCGGUUUUCAGAAAAAGCAACGAUCGAAUGGUUGCAGCUCUUUGAAGGUAGCGGGGUUCCAUAUGGCCCAAUCAACAACAUGCAGCAAGUAUUCUCGGAUCCUCAGGUGCUGCACAAUGGACUUGUGAUGGAAAUGAAUCAUCCAACAGCUGGGAGGAUAGCUGUUCCAGGACCAGGUGUCAGAUACAGUGAUUUUGCUAUGUCACAUCCGAAACCACCUCCUCUUGUCGGACAGCAUACAGUGGAGAUACUGAAAGGCACACUGGGGUAUGAGGAUGAUGCCAUAGAAGAACUGCUCCGCACCAGUGCUGUGGCUCAGCAUGAGAUCAGAUAAGGAACAUUAGCUACAUUCCUUCACACUGAGUUCACCUUACUUUGUCCUCUCUUUGCUCCCUUCAGCUCCCCUAAUGGGACUCAAAGAGAAGACAUAAUUUAAUUCCUAAUUUUCUUCCAUGUGUGUUUGUAUGAUUUUAACACUGAUGUAUCAAAUAAACAAUCUCAUACUGUC